AUGUUGGUGCCAGUUAUCACGAAUACAUUGUCUUUUAUACAAGAACGUUCUAGAGAAUUGGAUGACAUUGGGGCCCAAGUGCCACGCAUAGCGUACGGAGCUCCAGCUGAUAUUACCGAGCACCCGUACUUCGCCAUUCUAGAAGGGUGUGGGGCCGCCAUCAUUUCUGAAGAAUGGCUAGUCACCGCUGCCCAUUGCGUCCUACCUCACGGGCUAGUAAAACCUUUGAAGUUCAGCGACAGGAUACAGCCUUUGGAACUGCCCGACGAAAAAUAUGAACUUGAAGAUGAUUCUAAAUAUGUGUUCGUAGGAGUAGGCCUUGAUGAGACUGGAAAGCUAUCAAAACAGCUCAUGAAGAUCGACGUAAAUGGGUACUCGACGAGUACUUGCUAUGCAAGGUACUUUGGCUCUAUGUAUUGGAGCGUGGCCCCCUUCAUGUCUUGGUUGGAUGAGACCACGAUCUGCGCCAGGCGUGUUGAGAAUCUAGUAGGAGCUGGCUACGGUGAUUCAGGCAGCCCCAUGGUGAAGGACAACGUGCUAGUUGGUAUAGCUUCCUACAUCAUGCUAGAUAACGAUUGCUACUCCUGCCACAGCCGUACUUUGUACUUGGCCAACGUAGCGCACUAUGUCCCGUGGAUCCUUUCUCAUACUGGUAAACUGUAG